UAAUGUGCAUGUUGAACGAUUAGUGUUUGCUUGGAGUCUGAAACGGCUGUUACUUGUUUGCAAAGCCUGUAAACUGCGUGUAAGUCGAAGCCAGAACAAUCCCCAGUCAUUUGAAGCCGGUCUUUUUAUGUAGGUUGCGUUGCCGCAUGGUUGAUUUGUUCUGCGCCAGCAUAUAAUGUCACGGCGCGACGUCGUGUUUUUGCGUGGUUCGAACGUAUACUUGCGCCAUUCUAAACCAUACGAACAGUACGGUAACACCUGAAAGACUUUGGACUGCUGACGGCAGUUUGUGUGCCUGUUGACAACCCUCUGGGUUUCGCGCGGACCUGAGCUGUCUCCCAGCUUUCGUCACCAUGUCAACCACGUCGAUACUGAAGAAACGUGGUCCGUCGACAUCCACCGUCGUCGUCGAGAACCGCGUGGGAUUCAAGCUGCCUUCUGCCGACGAGAUUGACGUCCAGAUGGCUUUCGCGGAAGCCAACAAGUCGAACGUCAUGGACAGCAACUACAGGCAGCUGAUCAGUGCCCUCAAGUCUGCCGACACCGACGAUGAAGCGCUGGUGAGGUUGCUGAAACGCAUCAAGAACUCUGCGCCACUGAUUGAAAGGCACAACGACGAAGUGCUGGAUUGCGUCCUGAAAAUCAACCUGCUCAGGAGGAAUGUUCACGUCAUAGACGUAUUUUCACAGCUGGCCUGCGACAUGGUCUUCAUCCACCCCGUGAUCCUGAGGAACAUUGUCGUAGCUCUCCUAGGCACCUUCAUGUCUCCAGAAGCCACUUCAAAGGACACGCCAGAGCUGGAAGAAAAAUUGGAGAGGCUUCACGCACUGUUCCGGCUGCUCUUCAAGCUUAUGCCAACGGCUCCCACACGGCUGAUCGAGAUUCUCGCCGAGGUGUUUCCUUACAUGAAACGAGAGGGCACCCAGCAGGCAUCCCUCGUGGGUCAUCUUCUCCGCCUGUCCUCCUACAUCCCAGACCAUAGGCUGGAGCUGCUGCAGCUGCUCACGCACAAGGCGUUGCAGAUUGACCUGCACUGCCCCAAGGAUGAAAUAAGUGAAGCUGAACUCGAAGACGAGGACGAUGCCAUGGAAGGAGGCGACAUCUUUGAAAUGGAAAAAGACAACGGCACCGACUUGGAACGCAUGCAGCAUCCCCUUGCCGACAUUCUGGACCAGGUUCUCAACCAGUUCUACCUGCAUUUCCAACAACGCUGCAACGCCAAAGAUGACGACCUGUCCAAGCUGGACUGGGAGAAGACUAAAGUGCUCUUUAAGGACUUCCUGGCCAUCUUCGACAAGAUAGUCCUGCCGACGCACAAGUGCUGUCACGUACAGUUCCUCCUCUUCUACCUGUGCAGCUUCCGGCCUGCGGCCCUGGCAGUUGCAUUCCUGGACUACCUCUGGAAGAAAGUCCAGAACCCUGCCACAUCGUGCAUCGUGCGGCAAGCGUCGGCAUACUACAUCGGAAGCUUUCUGGCCCGAGCGAAAUAUGUGCCUCUCAGCACGGUGUGCGACUCCCUGUCCCUCAUGUCCAAGUGGGCGCACGGCUACAUGGCCUCGCUGAACGACGGCGGAUUCUGUCAACCCCAGCACGACGUCCAGCGGCACGGAACCUUCUAUGCCGUCUGCCAGACGGUGUUCUAUGUGUUUGCUUUCCACCACAAAGGCAUUGCAGACGGCGAGAAAGGCCUGCAGUACCUGCGCGACCUGAACCUGGAGGCCCUCGUGAUGUGCCCGCUGAACCCUCUGAAGGCCUGCCUGCCCGCCGUGGUCAAGCAGUUUGCCUCGAUAGCACGCCACUACCAGCUUGUCUACUGCUACAGUGUCAUCGAGCGCAACCAGCGGCUCGCCCUGCCCACGGCCGGCGGGGACAACACACCGUACGGAGACACAGUCCUCGACGCGUUCUUCCCGUUCGACCCCUAUGUGCUGAAGCGCACCAGCAAAUGGAUUGAUUCCCUCUACAGGAAGUUCGAGAAGUCUGACGACGAUGCCGACGCAGACUUGGACGACGAACCUGAGGACGACGAUGAUGAGCUGAUGUGCAAGUCGCCCAAAUCGCCGAGCUGCGUCGCUGAAAUGUUCAGUUACGGCACGUCGCCUGGCUUCAAGCGCAGUCUAUCUUUUGGUCACCACCGAUAGUUCAGAAGCUAGUUGUAGUAUAAUUAAAAAAUUGGGGAUUUAAUGUUAAACGCUACCAGUGCAAUGAAGACGGGUAGCAUUUAACUUUCUUUUGCUGCUUUUCAUGCCACCACAACGAUACUGCCACUCGCGGACAAAAGGUCUGAGGACGUGGUUGACUUCUAAUGCAGCGGUUUCACGCGAAGACGACGUCAUUCGUCUAGGUUCUUCUAUAAUGGAAACCAUCUCACGGCAGUCUCCUCUGCUACUCUGAAGGGCUAUAACUUUAAGUCUUCGGAUAUUUCUAGGAAGUAAAAUGUAAAUAUGAAACAAGUAAUUGUUGAGCUGUCAAUAAAGGUACAUUAAGGGUCAAAAGUUUACGGGAUGCGCGAUCUGAGAAAAAGAGUAUUUUCUGUGCUUCAGAAUGCAGCCUGGAUUUCAAAUGCGUACAUGUGCUAGUGUGUGUGACGGACAUGGUGCAGUACUGUCAUAACGGCUGCAAGCUGGGAAGCUAGGCUGACAUUAUACUUUUUCGCAGAACCCACAUCCCAUAAAAUUCCCACCCUGCCUUGUACACCUCCACUAUUUAAAAGCUAAACCUGCACAUUCUAUGAACUAAGGAAUUUUGUACAGUGAAUAUGGACACGAUGUCACUUGGCGAUUUGUGUAUUACCUGCUGGCCAAGCUCUUGUAAAUUUAAACUUAUUUUGAAUAAAGAAGGCUCGACAAGUGGA